AUGUUAAUCUACAAAGAUGUUAUUACAGGUGAUAAUUUGUUCUCCGAUCAGUAUCCAUUCAAAGAAGUGGGAGAUGCUGUCUAUGAAGUGAGCUUUACUUCGGUGGAUGGCAAAAACCUAGUGGAGGAAUUCAACCUCCAACCUACUUUUUUUGAUAAGAAAAGUUUUCUCGAAAAUUUUCGUAGCUAUGGUCUAGUUGUUAGCAAAUAUUUAGAGGAAAGUAACCCAGACUCAGUUCGUCCCUUUCAAGCAAAUUCAAUGGCGUACGUCAAAGAACAUUUACAAAAUAUAAAAGAUUUCGAAUUCUACACCGGUCCUUCGGGAAUCUUAGAAGGAAUGGUAGUUAUGGUUCCUGACGAAGAAGUCGCUCUUUUCUGGAAAUAUGGUGUUCAACCUUCAGAAUCUUAA